UGCUGGUCAGCAGUUAAUCCCCAGAUUUCAGUUAUGCCGAGAUAACAAACUACACCUCCCAUAACACACUCUGAUUUACGACCCUCCGAGUUCCAGUUUCUGCAGCGGAGUCGAAAGAGCUCUUGGCACCUUUGAAAAAUAUUCACUCACUUCAUGAGUAAAUAACGUUUUUCUCCGUGUCAUGGCGGAUAACGCAACCUGUCCCCCAUUUCAGCUGGGGAGACCCCGGUAUGACCAGAGCUCCUUCUACGGCAGACUGAGACACUAUCUGGACAUCGUUGAUCCUCGGACUCUCUUGGUGUCAGAGAGCCGUCUGCAGGAGUGCGUUAAGCUCCUGGAUGAUUUCAGAUGUGGAACGCUGCCCCCUGGGGUCUCUGAUGCACAGCUCUGGGAAGCCCAGAAGAUCAAGCAGGCAAUCGUGCACCCCGAUACAGAGGAGAAGAUUUUCAUGCCCUUUCGGAUGUCAGGUUAUGUGCCAUUUGGAACACCAAUAGUGGUCGGCCUUCUUUUGCCCAACCAGACGCUGGCAUCCACAGUUUUCUGGCAGUGGCUGAACCAGAGUCACAACGCCUGUGUGAACUUCGCCAACAGGAACGCCACCAAGCCCACGCCAGUGUCCAGGUUCCUCCAGGGCUACGCGGGGGCGGUGACCAGCGCGGUCUCCAUUGCGGUCACACAAAGAGGUACUGUAAAGCGAUCAGAAGAUGUCCUGGAGGUCUCUCUCAGCACUAACCAUCUUGUCUCCUGCCCGUCUACAGCCAGCGCCAACAUCUGCAACGUGGUGCUGAUGAGGCACACCGAGCUGGCAGAAGGGAUCGAUGUGAGGGACUCCAGUGGAAACAUCGUGGGCUCUUCCAAAAUUGCUGCAAAAUGUGCCCUGCUGGAGACCGCCCUGACCCGCGUGGUGCUGCCCAUGCCCAUCCUCGUCCUGCCUCCCCUCGUCAUGGCCUUCCUGGAAAAGCUCCCUCUGCUCCGGGCCCACCAGAGACUGGUCCUGCCUGUCCACAGCCUGGUGUGCCUCGCCUCCUUCGGCCUCGCCCUGCCCCUGGCCAUCAGCCUCUUCCCGCAGAUAUCCCAGGUCGAGGUGUCCAAGCUGGAGCCAGAGAUUGCCAUGGCGACCGACUGCGAGGUGGUGACCUACAACAAGGGUCUGUGAGGAAGGGCAGCUGGCUAGGGUCGGGCUGGCGGGGGACGCUCUGGGGAAUCGUGCACCAUGAGGGAACAGCGCCGAAACUAGCCUGCAGGGGACACUUCAGGGUCACUACCGCACACAGGGUUAUCACUAAGUAGAAACACUUUCGCAGACUGCCAACCCCAAUGCAGCUCAUUCUCCGUCCACACACACAAGGCACAAGACUCCUUGUACGGGCCUGCAGUGCCACUCCCUGCCUUUCUGUACGCUUUGCUCUCUCUCUCUCUCCCUCACACACACACAGCCUCUGCUGAAGAGAAUACACCCAUGCAGUCAGAGCAUCUUAUGUUGGUGUUCCAAAACUUGCAGCUCCCUUGGGGCUGACACACUUCAUCCUCCUUUGCUGAUAUAAUCAGGCUUACAGGUGCACAGCCCAGGUUUUUGGAUCAAAGGCUCCCGACGUCCAUUCUGUAUCCAUGCUCUGAAUGGCACGCCUGCGUACUUCACCAUUUUCAGCAAGGUUCAAGAAGUCAUUGCGCAUUGUGCGCUUCUGAGCACUGCGCCACAGCGCUGUGUCUAGAAAUACUCUUAUGUGUUUGUUUCCAAGAGAGAACUCCAGGAAACCACUGACUCAAGAUGCCUUUGGCCAUUCCUUAGCAUUGAAGACCACAGCUGUGCACCGCUGGCCUGGCCACACAGUGGCGCUGUCAAAAGAUUGUAAGUAAGCCUGUGUCAGUGCCAAAUCUUUAAACAUGCGUCCAGUAAUGCAUGUGAAUCUAAAAUCCUAGACAGGUUAAGGAAGUGACCACAUGGGUUGGAGUUAGGUGGUUUUCUAGGGCCUGAAUAGAAACUCUUGCAAGGACUGCCAGUUGUCCACGCAGCUUUGGGAAUCAUAGUCAAAAUGGCAGCUCUCCAGAAUGGCCUGCAGCUUCACUCCCUGCCUUUCUGUCAGCUUUGCUUUCUCUCUCUCACUCACACUAAGCUAGACACACACGUCUAUGCAAAACGGAAUAGAGUUGCACAGCCCAGUCACGAUUCUGUCAGUUCAGAUGAGUUGGAUUGGCAGAAAGUGUCACAUAAAAUGUUAUUUGAAUUAAAAAAGCAAGCACAACAGGAAGUCUUCACUCCUUCUAGUAGAGUCUUUGCCACAACAGGCCUGUAUUUUUAUGGCUAAAUGUUAAUAGUCUCUUCCAGAGGCAUUCAUUACAGGUGCCCAGAAUAUCCACUUCAAACUUGCUAAUAUCAGCCAGUGCACGUUAUAUAGUCACCUGUUGUUUUAUACAACGUUGUUUUCUUAUGGGCUGAACGUUGUGGCACAGACACUCUCUGCUGAGGAGUCGUCCUCAUGGUGUGUUCCCCUGGGCUCAGUUCCCAGUGGACAUGUUCACCAUUGCCUCGGCCAGCACCCAGGGCCCCCAGAAGCACACCGUUCUGUCAUCGUGGGGGAGAUUUCAUUAACGACGCAGCAAUAAUAGAUUUCAGAGCAGGACUCUUGACGGUUUAAUCAGUCUCACAUGGAGCUGAGACUCCUUCUACACAUGUGUUUGUGCGAGAGGCCUGUGCAAUUGCUUCUGUGGUCAGGGACAGUGUUGCUCCUGCUAUGCGUUGGUUGUGGAAGCAACACAGGUGGUUUGGAUGCAUUUCCCCUCAGCCUGCUGAUUCUCGCCCUGUUUGCGCCUGCUGGGGUCAUCAGUGCGACUAUUGUGAAAAUGUACCAUGGUGAACUGAGAAGGUUCCAGGUGUUAGGCUCUGUAAGGAAAGGGGUCAGUACAAUUCCUCUACUACUUCAGUUAUCUGUCUUAUAGUUUCAGUAAAAAUCAGCUGGGAUAAUGGGGCUGAAAUAAUGAAACCUGUUUUCCGGUUUCAUGGCUGAUGGAUUUUUGAGGAGGAAGCAUAUCUGUGGGUGUUUGUGCUCUUAUCAGUGCAGUCAGAGGUCUGAGGCCUGCUGUGUUUGUGCGGCUGUUUGGCAGCCAGCCAGCACAACAAGUGGCUGCAGGUCCUGCUGUGGGGGGGGGGGAGCUGCAGGCAGGGGGGACGUGUGCAGGAACAGUGCGUCCCUUGGACCAUGACGGCAUCCACACGAGCUCAGCGCUGCUGCUGGCCCACACCCUGAGAGCACUGGGAGCCCCUCCUGCUGUUGACAGCCCAAGUGUCACCAGCAGUCGCACUUUGCCCUGCCCGGCUCUGAAUGUUAGAGAAAGUGCCAUUAUCGGGGUUUUGUACUUACUGCAAUUUGCAUAUACAGGUCUUACAAGCAUUUCACUACUCUCUAAAGUGUCUUCCAGAGUUGUAAAUUGCGACAACUAAAACCCCACUUACCUCUGCGAUUAAGCGCUUGGCUCUGUACACUGGCUCUUUUGGGCAGUGCAGGAGCUGUAGCAGGGCACUUCAGUCAAUGAAAUCACACCGGUGUGUGCUCUGGUGCUUGUGGACCAGCUGGCCGAGAGGGCCUGGGAUCAGCUGCAGACCUUGUGAACUCAACAGUAGGGUAAGAAGUAGCCAUAACACUUUAGAGAUAAAUUUGUAUUUAAUUAACAAUACAGGAAAACCCUUCAGUGUUUUUGUUUAAAUCUGAAUGACUAAAUAUCUGUCAGGCAGCCUUUAAUGAGAAGAAUGUUAGUCUGAUCUUCUGAUUUUUAAGCCUGUGCUCCUUCCUUUAAGGAUGAUAGUUUCUAACACACUGAGCCAUAUAAUGGGAGCCAUUAGGAGCAAAGGUCUGCUGGAAUUGUUUUACAUUUUUUAUUUCUGACUUAAUAAGGUGAAAACCACUUUGCUGUCUCUCUAGGGCAUUUUUUCAGAAAAGACUAAUGUCUGUUAUUACCUCACAAUUGUUGUCUUAAUGGUUAGGAAUGUAAUGAAUAAAUUUCUACCGUGAAUAA